CGCUUUUAAUUAAUCAAUCAAUCAAAUCCAAAAAGAUUCCUCCCUCCAAACCCUUACCACGUAAAAAAAAACCCUUUUCUUUUCUUUUCUUUUCUUUUCUGAAACGAAAAACCAAAAUUUGGAUCCAAAAAAACGCUCGCUUCCACCAAUUUUCAAAAUUUGUAGCCCGCCACAUACACUCUCUCUCAAAACCCCAUUCUUAAAUAUAAAUCUCAACGGCUCUGUCGUUUUUCUCUAUAACAACAUCAUCGAGUUUCUUUUCUCUCUUCAAUUUCAUCUUUCUCUUCCCUCCAAAUUUGAAAAUUUCAUUCAGAUCCCAUUCAUUCAUUCAUGGCUUCUUCCUCAGAUCCUCCUCCUUCUUCCAGACACCAUACUUACGACCGUAAACAAAAAUCUCUCGGCCUCUUAUGCACCAAUUUCUUGAGCUUGUACAAUCGAGACGACGUUCGUGUUGUCGGUCUCGACGAUGCCGCUGGUCGAUUAGGUGUUGAGAGAAGACGGAUCUAUGAUAUUGUCAAUGUUUUGGAGAGCAUCGGGGUUCUUCAAAGAAAGGCUAAGAAUCAGUAUACAUGGAAAGGGUUUGGGGCAAUUCCUGUUGCUUUACAGGAGCUCAAGGAAGAGGGGUUAUGGCAGAAUUCACAAGAAGGUGGGAAUGAAGAUACAAAGGUAUCUGAUGAAGAGGAUGAAGAUGAAUCAUUGUCACAACCCACUGGAAGUCAGGGUGAAUCAUUAUCCCAACCUACUGGAAGUCAGAAUGACAUUUUGAACCCUAAUUCUGCUUUUCCCAGAUCUCUCAAAAAUGAUAGAAGGGAAAAAUCUCUGGCGCUGCUUACUCAGAAUUUUGUCAAGCUCUUUGUCUGCUCUAAUCUGGAAAUGAUAUCCCUUGAUGAUGCUGCAAGGUUGUUGCUUGGAGAUGCAUAUAAUUCAUCAACAAUGAGAACAAAAGUUAGGCGCCUUUAUGAUAUUGCAAAUGUGCUAACCUCCAUGAACCUUAUCGAGAAGACCCAUACCACAGAUACAAGAAAACCAGCAUUCAGGUGGCUAGGCUUAAAAGGGAAGACAUGGAAUGAGGCCUCACUUUCUCGGAAAAGGGCAUUUGGAAAUGAUGUCACAAACAUUAGCUUUGGGCGAAACAGAACGGAUUCGUUCAUGGGCGGGGACUUCAGCCAGAACCUUAAGAAGCAAAAGACAAUGGAAAAUGACAGUGGGCUAUGUCAGGAUGACAAGAACAAUAUGAAACAAAAACAGAGCUAUCAGUUUGGUCCUUUUGCUCCAGCCUAUGUAUCCAAAGCCGGAACCUCAGAGAACAAAGUGAAGCAGGUGCAUGACUGGGAGAGUCUCGCAACUGAACAUUGCCCUCAGUAUCAAAACCAAGGCAAAUAACUUUGAAAGAACUAUACUCUCAUUACAUGGAAGCAUGGAAAUCUUGGUACUCUGAAGUUGCUGGCAAGAGAUCUACUCAAGUUUUGUAACUUAAAUAUCCAACAAAAUCAAAUAAAAUUGUUUUUUUCAGAGAGAUAAUCCAUUGUAAGUUGCAUUCUAGAUGUACCAACUUAGAGAUAUCAUGUACGGAUUUUUUAGCAGCCAUACUUAGCCUAAUAUCUGAUUAGGCAGAGAACUUGGAAUUUUUAUAGCACACCUUUUUUUUAGUUGUUUACCAUAGAGUUUUCAACCCUUUAUGCAAAGGAAAAUCUUGUGAGCCGUGUGAUGAUAACAUAGCGAACUA